AUGUCCUCACAGAACGCUAUUCGCCGAAAACUCGUUAUCGUUGGAGAUGGUGCCUGUGGGAAGACAUCGCUACUCUGCUCGUUUGCUCUAGGUGAAUUUCCAAAGGAAUAUCAACCGACUGUGUUUGACAAUUAUGUUGCUGAAAUUAGAUUGGACGACAAGCCUGUUCAGCUAGCCCUUUGGGAUACUGCUGGCCAAGAAGAAUACGAACGCUUACGACCGAUGUCUUACUCAAAAUCCCAUGUUAUUCUGAUAGCAUUCUCACUCGACACCCCGGAUUCAUUAGAAAACGUCACAACCAAAUGGAUUGAAGAAGUCCGUUCCAUCUGUGGCUCCACUAUUCCCGUUAUUCUUGUUGGCUGCAAGGCCGACCUCCGACCCAGCGCCCACCAUCCAAAUACGUCCGAUAACCCCUGCCCAUGGGUCACCCGCGAGCAAGGCGAACGUGUCGCCCAGAUCAUCGGCGCACGUGCGUACAAAGAAUGCUCUGCGCUCAAAAUUGAAGGUGUGGACGAAGUCUUCGAAGCCGCCACGAGGGCGAGCAUGCUCAUGCGCGAUGGCGUACCCGCGAAUGGCCACGUACACAGUCCCGAAGCAAGGCACCACCGUAGGAGAAGCAGUGGCAGGGCUGCUCCCCAGGAGGAACCAAGCAAUGGCUGGAAGUGUUGUGUCAUUUCAUGA